ACGCUCUGCCAGGUGUUUACACUUGCGCAGUGCGGGAGAAAAGAGCGUCCCGCUGAGUGGAUCCCUGGCUACUCCUGCCCAGGGCGCAGAAAAGCAGGACAGAGAGAAACGGACGGGACAGUCCGUUCUUAUUCCUGUUGAGUGUAUCCUUACUCUACCAUGUUGAGGGCUAAGACUCAGCUUUUUUCACGUUCACCCCACUACCUGAGGGGGUUAAAGGAACCAAUAAGCUCCAGGAUAAUAAGGCAACGAUGUCUACAUCAGCAACAACCACUUCAUCCAGAAUGGGCUGCCCUGGCUAAAAAGCAGCUGAAAGGCAAAAACCCAGAAGACUUAAUAUGGCACACUCCAGAAGGAAUCUCUAUAAAGCCCUUAUAUUCCAGGAGAGAUACUAAGGACUUACCUGAAGAACUUCCAGGAGUGAAGCCAUUCACACGUGGGCCAUAUCCCACCAUGUAUACCUUUAGGCCCUGGACAAUCCGCCAGUAUGCUGGUUUUAGCACUGUGGAGGAGAGCAAUAAGUUCUAUAAGGAUAAUAUUAAGGCUGGUCAGCAGGGAUUAUCAGUUGCCUUUGAUCUGGCAACGCAUCGUGGCUAUGAUUCAGACAACCCCCGAGUUCGUGGUGAUGUUGGAAUGGCUGGAGUUGCUAUUGAUACUGUGGAAGAUACUAAAAUUCUUUUUGAUGGAAUUCCUUUAGAAAAAAUGUCAGUUUCCAUGACCAUGAAUGGAGCAGUUAUCCCAGUUCUUGCAACUUUCAUAGUAACUGGAGAAGAGCAAGGCGUACCUAAAGAGAAACUUACUGGUACAAUCCAAAAUGAUAUCCUAAAGGAGUUUAUGGUCAGAAAUACUUACAUUUUUCCUCCAGAACCAUCUAUGAAAAUUAUUGCUGACAUCUUCCAAUAUACAGCACAGAACAUGCCAAAAUUCAAUUCAAUUUCAAUUAGUGGAUACCAUAUGCAGGAAGCAGGGGCUGAUGCCAUCCUGGAACUGGCCUAUACGGUAGCAGAUGGACUGGAGUACUGUAGAACUGGACUCCAAGCCGGCCUGACAAUUGAUGAAUUUGCACCAAGGUUGUCUUUCUUCUGGGGAAUUGGGAUGAACUUCUAUAUGGAAAUAGCAAAGAUGAGAGCUGGGAGAAGACUCUGGGCUCACUUAAUAGAAAAAAUGUUUCAGCCUAAAAACUCUAAAUCUCUUCUUCUAAGAGCGCAUUGUCAGACAUCAGGAUGGUCGCUUACUGAACAGGAUCCUUACAAUAACAUUGUCCGUACUGCAGUAGAAGCAAUGGCAGCUGUGUUUGGAGGCACUCAGUCUUUGCACACAAAUUCUUUUGAUGAAGCUUUGGGUUUGCCAACUGUGAAAAGUGCUCGAAUUGCCAGGAACACACAAAUCAUCAUUCAAGAAGAAUCUGGGAUUCCCAAAGUGGCUGAUCCUUGGGGAGGUUCUUACAUGAUGGAAUGUCUCACUAAUGAUGUUUAUAAUGCUGCUUUGAAGCUCAUUAAUGAAAUUGAGGAAAUGGGUGGAAUGGCCAAAGCUGUUGCUGAGGGAAUACCUAAACUUAGAAUUGAAGAAUGUGCUGCCCGAAGACAAGCGAGAAUAGAUUCUGGUUCUGAAGUAAUUGUUGGAGUAAAUAAGUACCAGUUGGAAAAAGAAGAGUCUGUAGAAGUUCUGGCAAUUGAUAACACUUCAGUGCGUAACAAGCAGAUUGAAAAAAUUAAGAAGGUCAAAUCCAGCAGAGAUCAAGCAUUGGCUGAGCGCUGUCUUGCCGCGUUAACUCAGUGUGCAGCCAGUGGAGAUGGGAAUAUCCUGGCUCUGGCCGUGGAUGCAGCUCGGGCAAGAUGUACAGUUGGAGAAAUCACAGAUGCCAUGAAGAAAGUAUUUGGUGAACAUAAAGCUAGUGAUCGUAUGGUGAGUGGAGCAUAUCGCCAGGAAUUUGGAGAAAGUAAAGAGAUAACAACUGCUAUCAAGAGGGUUCAUAAAUUCAUGGAACAUGAAGGUCGCAGACCUCGUCUUCUUGUGGCAAAAAUGGGACAAGAUGGCCAUGAUAGAGGAGCAAAAGUUAUUGCUACAGGAUUUGCUGAUCUUGGUUUUGAUGUGGAUAUAGGUCCUCUUUUUCAGACUCCCCAUGAAGUGGCCCAGCAGGCUGUAGAUGCAGAUGUGCAUGCUGUGGGUGUGAGCACACUUGCUGCUGGUCACAAAACCCUAGUUCCUGAACUCAUCAAAGAACUUAACUCCCUUGGACGGCCAGAUAUUCUUGUCAUGUGUGGAGGAGUGAUACCACCACAGGAUUAUGACUUUCUGUUUGAAGUUGGUGUUUCUAACGUAUUUGGUCCUGGAACUCGAAUUCCAAAGGCUGCGGUUCAAGUGCUUGAUGAAAUUGAGAAGUGUUUGGAAAAGAAGCAGCAAUCAGCAUAACAUGCUAUUUUUGUUUUAGAUUUUUUCCAAAAUAUUCAUUUCAUUAUAAUUGAAGAAAAUAAAGCCAUGACUCCAACUUAAUUUCAA